AAGACUAUGCUUGUUAUAAUUUGGCUCCUUCUUGCUGCUCUUUCUGGGGCACAAGAGAAUUUAAUAGCUCAUCUCGACUAUGGCAGUUUCAAAGGCGCAUAUUCGUCCGAGUACAACAUUUCAUACUGGCAAAAAAUACCUUUCGCUGCAAAGCCCAUCGGACCGAACAGGUUCAGAGCACCUCAGCCGCCGGAACCAAUCACAAAUGGAACGUUCGACAGCAGCCAGACCUUUGACAUGUGUGUUCAACGUACGACGAACGGGUCAGAAGACUGCUUAUAUCUGGGACUAUACGGUCGACCGUGGAGGACAGGGCAAUCUCUCCGACCUAUCGUUGUCGUCUGGCACGGCGGUGCCUUCAUACAAGGAAGCGCCAGUUUCACGAUCCCUCCCUCAGCCUAUCCGAUCUUAAACGUCAGCGCACUGAACGAUUUUGUGGUAGUCUAUUCGAGCUACCGUGUCAAUGCUUUUGGAUUCCUGCCUGGUCGUCACGUCGCCGAGGAUGAUCUUAGCGAUCUCAACGUUGGCCUCCUCGAUCAGCAGGCAGCUCUCAAGUGGACUCGGAAGUACAUCAAGAACUUUGGUGGCGAUCCGAGGAAUGUCACAAUAUGGGGUCAGUCGGCAGGCGCAGGAUCAGUCAUUGCACAAGUGAUUGCUAAAGGAGGGACAUCUCUUAGGCUUUUCAGCAAAGCCUUGAUCUCGAGCCCAUUUUGGCCGAGAACUUAUCGCUACGACUCGUCAGAAGCACAGGAAAUCUACGAUCGCUUUGCAGAGCUUGCCGGAUGUGCCGGGGAUGAUUCUCUUCGCUGCUUGAAGGCUGCCAAUCUUCAGACCCUCCGCAACGCUUCCCUAGCCAUCAGUGCCACUCAUACUUACAAUACUUCUUCAUACACCUGGGCGCCUGUCAUCGACGACAAGUUCCUCUGCCAGCCUCUGUCACAAGCCUCAGCCCAGGGAGAUGUCAACGUGGAUUUUGCUUUCAGCACGUACAACUCGCACGAAGGCGAGAAUUUCGUCCCGCCCGGCUUUCAAAAUGCCACAGGAGCAGAUGGGUUCAAUUCGUCCAUGGCUUCUUUUGAUGCAUGGCUGGAAGGCUUUCUGCCCAAGCUUUCGUCGGGAGAUCUUGAUCACGUUAAGACACUGUACCCUGCAUCUGGCGAGGUCGAUAGAGUCGACUACCAGGGCACUUAUGUUAGAGCUGGCUUGGUGUAUCGAGACUUAGUGCUAGCUUGUCCAGCGCUUUGGACAGCGAAGUCUAGCCGUGCAGGACAGUAUUUGGCCGAAUACACGAUCGAUCCUGCUAAACAUGGCAGCGACACGCAAUAUUGGAAUCAAGUCAAUCAAAUCCAGAAGACAGAUCCCUUGAUCUACGAUGGCUAUGCUGGCGCGUUCGCAUCAUUUUUCCAGUCAGGCAACCCCAAUCUGCACAAGUUGACUGCUGAGUCUGAGCCUGGUGUGCCAGAGCUGAUUGGGACGAAACAAAAGUUUGUGGUCCGAGCUGACGGAUUUCAGAAUUUACCCACAGUAGAGCUUAAGCGCAGGUGCGACUUUUGGCGUAGCGUUGCUGCGAAAAUCCCCAUCUAG